AUGUGUUCCCCGCUUCGGCUAUUACAAGAGCAGCCAGCACCGCUCGCCAUGGCAUGGCAGGAGGCGUACGGCCUGACUCCUGACGCCAUAAGCCCGCCGGCACAGGUGGUGCUGCCGCCCUCCGUGUCGGCCGCGCCCCACCUGCAGGACUGCAGCGCGCGCACGGCGGCGCGGGAAGCGGCGGAGAGCAGGGGGCGAAGGGGGGAGGAGCCGCAGUGGGCGAGAGGGGGCGAGUGCUGCGAGUGUGGCCCGCAGCCCCCGUGGGUGACAGGCUCAGAUGCAGCGAACCUAGCACUGACGCGCGUGGCGCAGCGGGACCUGUGGCGCUCGCAGUUCCCAGCCACGUGUGAGGGGCGGCGCCUGCUGGUGGUGGAGUGGGCGUGUCCGUACCACGGCACGGGGUCCAUGGUGCACGUGCUCAGUGCGCACAUGAGCAUGGCCCUGCGCUCCAACCGCACGCUUGUGGUUAGGGACAAGUCGUUUCACCGCGCGAAUAACGAGGCGUGCAAGGCCCUGGGGCAGGAGGGCGAGUGGGAGUGCUACUUCUUCCCCAUCGCCUCACCGGACUGUCGCCGCAUCGCCAUGGCAGCACUAGAGGCGCCCUCACCCUCACCAGCUGUGCCGUGGCUGUCGUCCAUGGCGCCUGACUGGGAGGCGCUGCUGCUGUCCGACACACCUGUGCUGGCGUGCAACGACACCGGCUUCCAUGCCGAUGUGCUCGCUAAUAAGUUGUGGGGUCCGCCAGCGUUUGAGCGGCCAGUGACGUUAGAGGAGGUCAACCACACACAAGUGCCAGACAACGACAGAAACUGGGACCUGUUGUUUCUGCAGGAAUUCCGGUGGUGGCGGGCGCAGGUGACGCGCUUCCUCUUCCGCUGGCCCUCGGCACACCUCUGCCACUUCAUCAACCGCGCGCGCCACGACGCAUACGGCCUCUCCGUGGCCCAGCAACUCGCAGCAGCCACCGCCCAGCAGAGCACCAUCCUUCUUGCCUCCCCCCCUGGCAGUGGAGGGAGUGGUGGUGCUGUGGGGGAGGGGGUGAGUGAGGGCGAGCGGCAGUAUUUGGCAUCGUUGCACAGCGCAGUACACGGGGAGCCGUUCAUACCCCGUCCCUACCUGAGUGUGCAUGUGCGGCUGAGCGACAAGGGCUCUGAGAUGGCGCUGCGCUUCUUCCCCUCCUUCCUCUUCUUCGCCUACAAGAUCCGCGCCCACGUGCCCAACCUGCAGCAUGUCUGGCUCUCCACUGAGAUGCAGUUCGUAAUAGACGAGGCCGCCCAGUACCCUGACUGGACGUUUCUCUUCACCAACAGCAGCCGCGUGCGAGACGCACAGGAGAUGGCGGACCAGGUGCAGUUCAACCGCCAGCCCCACAUGCCCUUCAUCUUCGCCAACCUCGUUAUAAGCUCGCAGGCGGAUUACUUUGUGGGCGCGCACGCGUCCAACUGGAACCAGCUUAUUAAUGAGUUGAGACAGACGGGCGGGCGCUUGCAUGCAGGGUAUCUUGCGCUGAAUGACGCAUGCCUCUACCUCCACCCCGCCAUCCUUUCUUUCCCACCGCGCCGUCCUCUCUCCCUUCCACCCGCCGUCGCCUCUCCUUCCUACCCGCCGUCGCCUCUCCCUCCUCCUCGCCGUCGCCUCUCCCUCCUCCUCGCCGUCGCCUCUCCCUCCUCCCCUCCGUCGCCUCUCCCUCCUCCCCGCCGUCGCCUUUCCCUCCUCCCCGCCGUCGCGUAUCCCUCCUCCCCGCCGUCGCGUAUCCCUCCUCCCCGCCGUCGCCUCUCCCUCCUCCCCGCCGUCGCCUCUCCCUCCUCCCCGCCGUCGCGUUUCCCUCCUCCCCGCCGUCGCCUCUCCCUCCUCCCCGCCGUCGCGUUUCCCUCCUCCCCGCCGUCGCCUCUCCCUCCUCCCCGCCUUCGCCUCUCCCUCCUCCCCGCCGCCGCCUCUCCCUCCUCCCCGCCGCCGCCUCUCCCUCCUCCCCGCCGUCGCGUUUCCCUCCUCCCCGCCGCCGCCUCUCCCUCCUCCCCGCCGUCGCGUUUCCCUCCUCCCCGCCGUCGCCUCUCCCUCCUCCCCGCCGUCGCGUUUCCCUCCUCCCCGCCGUCGCCUCUCCCUCCUCCCCGCCUUCGCCUCUCCCUCCUCCCCGCCGCCGCCUCUCCCUCCUCCCCGCCGCCGCCUCUCCCUCCUCCCCGCCGUCGCGUUUCCCUCCUCCCCGCCGCCGCCUCUCCCUCCUCCCCGCCGUCGCGUUUCCCUCCUCCCCGCCGUCGCCUCUCCCUCCUCCCCGCCGUCGCCUCUCCCUCCUCCCCGCCGCCUCCUCUCCCUCCUCCCCGCCGCCGCCUCUCCCUCCUCCCCGCCGCCGCCUCUCCCUCCUCCCCGCCGUCGCCUCUCAAACCUCCUCGCCAUCGCCUCUCCUUCCCUCCCCGCCGUCGCCUCUCCUUCCCUCCCCGCCGUCGCCUCCGGCGACAGGUGCACGAGCGCAAGCGAGACUUGGUAUUGGUCUCCUCUCGCAUUGCACUUUCAUUUGAAGAAGGGGAGAGACGGAGCGCGAGGGAGAGCGUGUACACGGGAGCGAACACGCAGGAAAGCGCGCGUGAGAGUGCGCGUGAGAGAGCGCACGAGAGAGCGCACGAGAGAGCGCACGAGAGAGCGCACGAGAGAGCGCACGAGAGAGCGCACGAGAGAGCGCACGAGAGAGCGCACGAGAGAGCGCACGAGAGAGCGCACGAGAGAGCGCACGCGAGAGCGCACGAGAGAGCACGUGAGGGAGCGCGUGAGAGAGCGCGUGCGAGUGAGAGUGCUCCUGAGAGUGCGCGUGAUAGAGCGCGUGAGAGAGCUCAUGCGCGUAAGGGAGCGCGUGCGCGUGAGAGAGCGCGUGCGCGUGAGAGUGCGCGUGCGCGUAAGAGAGCUCGUGAGAGUGCGCGUGAGAGAGCGCGUGAGAGUGCGGAUGAGAGUGCGCGUGAGGGAGCGAAUGAGAGUGCGAGUGAGAGUGCACGUGAGAGUGCACGUGAGAGUGCAAGUGAGAGUGCGCUUGAGUGA